GUCAAACUCACAACUGCAUCGACCUCUCAACCCCCAAUUUCUGGAUAGCCGACACCCUUCCGGUCCAACCCACAAACGCAGAAAUGCCGCCAUGGCCCCCAGACAAAACACCUUUACCCUGGUGCCCAACCCGCUGGGCAUGCAGGGCCUCAUGUCGCGCCCAACCAGCGGCCCGGAGAGCAAACCGCCCAUGACCUCGAAGCAGGCCCAGAAACUGCACAAGCAGGCCACCCGCGGGCCCCGUCUAUCCAGAACCGAGCAGCGCCGAAUUGAGCUUGAGGAGCAGGCUCGCAUCCGCAAAGAGCUCGAGAAGGACAAGCAGGCGAACAAGGCCCGCAUCCUGCGCGAGAAGAAGAAGGCCAAGGAACGGCAGCUCCUCGAGGAGAAGAAGCGGAAAGGGUUGCCGCUCGUCAAUGUGCGGCCCAGCCAGGAUACAAUCGCGAGAUUCGUUCGAGGGAACGGCGUGGGCAAGAAGCGGGAUGCCACAGGAGCAAGGGUGGGCCUUCCGGUUCUUGAAGAGGAGGGCGAAUCGGACAAUACACUGCCAGAUCCAAAGGACUCUGAAGGUGCCAGUGAAAGCAGGAGACAACCCGUGUCUCCGAUGGGCAUAGUACCUGCCGGAGGGCGAGCGGCAGUGGCCAAGGAGUCGUUCAUACUUGAACCAGGGAAGGAGGCGAAUCUGGAACCUGAAGACAGGCAGGGAUUUGAAGGGAAGCCGAUGGAAGAGGAUGAACCGAUUCCUGCUGUUGCGUCAGUACGGUUCUCUAACACGCACCACGCCAGCGAAGGCACACCGGCCAAAGCGAUGUACAGAGAGACCCUGAAGAAUCCAUCCAUCCGCCAGGCGACACCCGAACGAGGCGUCCUAGACUGUGAGAGAAAGUCGGCGACACACAUAUCACCAGGCCGCAUGACCGCAUCGCAAGAGCUGGAGCGAAUCUCAAUAAUCAAGGAAGCCCAAGCGCCACGACCACUGCCCACGCCACGGCUUCCUCCAAAACCUCCCUCCCAACACCACCCGUCCCCAAAGCCCCAGCCGCCUCCAAAUCCUCCAGCGGCUCGAAAACCGUUGCAAGAAACUACUAAUGCCUUCAGCCGGACUUGGCGACUACCCCUAGGGGACACGGGCCCCAAGCUUACGCCCCCUUACAAACAACCUACUCUUGCCACUCCACGACGACAGACUCUAGGUACAGUUCCAACGUUUAAGCAGCAUAGACUCGGGACGCCAACAUACAGGGUGCAGAAACCCCAGUUUUUGCCCUCACAUCUUCGUGGUGCAGGCGCCAACCAGCGGACACCGAGCAGACAGGUGAACUCUAUGUCGGCGCCGCCCACCAGUACUCAACUUUUUGUCAUGUCCCAUAUAGACGACAUAUUACCCAGCCCGUCCCAGGAAGCUAGGGAGUUACAAGGAGACCCUCCGACAGCAGUACCGGAAGCACUGAAGUCUGGUCCCUUGCGGACGCCCAUCGCCAUCGGCGGACUCGCAUCGAAAGAUGCCCGCCCAGCCAGGCAGUUGGUACAGCAAGUUGCGCAGGUCAAGCCGCCGAUGGCGCCGCCCCCGCGACCUACUACAGUGAAACAACCCACAGUCACGGUGAAACAGCCAACGGUCACAGUCAAUCAACGCGCAGCGAACCUGACCGAUAUUCCAUUCAUCUCUACCCAGGACCUCAUAUUUUCUUCCCAGGAGCUCCGAGAUUUAGAGGCACCGACCACCAGCAGGAACAAGACUAUCAGUACCAAGGUUCUCCCCCUCAAGAAAUCCCGUCCCACCGUACAACAGCGGCCGUCACCGCUAUCCCACAUUUCGUGUCAUACCCAUACGACGCCCCAAAUCGAACUGACGCAGUCCACUUUGGCGGCCGAGCAGCAUGCAACGCCUCCAAAUGCGACUAGGCAGCCACAGCAGGCUUUCGGGCAAGAAAGCUGUGCCUUAGACCAGCAGAGUUCUGCGCAUAGGAGCCGACAAGCACCCCAACAAAGCAAGCCUGCAUUACCUUCGUGUACAAGCAGCACAAAGGGGGACAACAAGGUAGCUUCGGAUGAGCCGCCACGCCCUGCCUCCCCCGAGAAGCCAAGGUUCUUCGGCUCAAGCGGUUCCGGGUUGGAGAUGUUGCUUGCUAUGGAACGGAGCCGGAAAACCCACGAGGAAGAGGAGCGGAGGCGGCUCGCCCAGCUUCGAGCGGAGCCAGACCCGGCAGAUCACAUCUCUGGGAGCCCAAAACUCUCACGAGGCAGCCAGAGAGUAAAGUUGCAGAACAACGGUCAUGGGUCGCCCGCGGCACCCCGCUUGCAGGGGAAGCCUCGGACAACCGCGAACAACAGCCCUAAAUCAGCACACCAGGACAGAGCAGUUACUGGAGGCCAGCUUGAUCCCCCCACAACCGUGGCAUCUCAGGAGACGGACUAUGGCGAUCUUGAGCUCGAUUCGAUGGACUUUGAGGAGCUUGAUCGAGUACUCGAGGAGCAUAAACCCGGCUCUCAAGAGUGUGAAUGUUAAUGGUUGGACUCGGGAACAUUCAUAGCUUGUGACGAUCACAAUGCGGUCAACCUAAAUGGCCAGGAUGAGCAUGGUCGUUCUGAAGGCAUCAAUUCUUGAUGCACAGAGUGUUGCAACUGUAUCUUGACCCUAUUCUCGCGCGAAGAAUAUUUUCAAAGUUGGACAUCUCAGGGAACCAACCAACUUUGUCUCGCAAACGUCAUGCAGGCAUAGACAUUCAUGGAUAGGAAACGCAUAUCUCGGUACAAAAUACCUGCUAAAAGCUGCCCUCCCUGAAAUCACUGACGUGGUGUU